AUGGAGAGAUUUGCUAACGGAUUACCAGCAGACGUUGGUCCAAUGGUGAAGAUGCCAACCACUUUGAAGGAAGCUGUCAGAGCAGCUAAGAACGUAGAGACCCAAAUUAGAGAGAAUGGUUUGGAGAAGGUCGAGGAUGGAGAGAAGAGGAAGUUGGAGGGAUCCUUAAGAUCCGAUAAGAAUAGUAAGUCCUCAAAGUUUAAAGAUCAUAAGCCUGGAAGUGACACGACAAGGUGGUGCGGCAAGUGCAAAAAGAAGCACUUUAGAGAAUGCAUUGAAGGAGUGACCUGUUACAAGUGUAGAAAAACUGGUCACUAUGCUAAUGAAUGCAUGACCAAGAAGGAAGUCUGCUUCAAGUUUGGUGAAGAAGGACACUUCAAGAAAGACUGCCCAAAGAAGGAGGGAACUGCAAGGCUGAAUACCCCGCCAAAGACAAGAGGGAGGACAUAUUUUAUGGGACUUGAUGAAACAAUAAGAGGGUGA